CCCUCUUUCUUUCUCGUUCUCUCUGGAGGUGGGGGCAGAGAGGUAAUAGCCGUGCGCCGCAGACAUCAUUAGGAGGGGAGACGCUUUCCACCGUCAGCGCGGAGCGGAGCAGAGCAGAGCAGGGGAGCCCUGGCAACAAGAGGACACAUAAACUCAGCAGCCCGUUACACCCCACAGGAAUGUUGGCUGUAGCUGUGGACAGGCAAACGUGAAAGGACAGAGAGAUCUGAGACAUCUGAGGCGCUUCUCCUCCACUCCUGGAAAGAUUCAGUCUUCAAAUCAGUCAAAGCUCCAGACGGCCUGAGUAGGACGCUCCACCUUUUUCGCCCAAGUAUCUCUGACUCAUCUGCUCAGGUAGUGCUGAGUCCCACAGUCCACGUUCUGCAUUGUGAGAUAUAGUCUGGAAGCCUCUCCAUGGGCUGUGCCCCCUGCUGACAAACCAGGACGUCUGGAGCAGUUGUGUUGAAUGAGGCUUUCAUUGUGUGUGGAAAGACUUUCUUUUGGAGGGAAAUGAUUCCACAUGAAGUACAACACACUCGGCCCCCCAUCAUCCUCUGCAGCAGCAGCAGCAGGCAUAACGUUGUGACGCUCUCCCCUACCAGACUGGACUCGCCCCUCUGCCACUAAAUAUUCCUGGACCGGUCAGGACGCCCCACUCCUUCCAUUUACCAACCUUCCAUAUCGUCAGUUCAAAUCCUCACCUGUCAGUUGGAACAUAUUUUUUGGCAACUGUUUGAAGUGAAAUGGUGGCAAGGUUUUGAAAGUUUAUUUAUCCUUAAUUUUAAAAAAAGAAUUGAGCAUUAAUUAGCAAAAACAAAAUAAGGAUCAAAGGAAAGUGAACAAGACAGUCAGAGGGAAAGUGCAAAACAAAAAAAGGAUAUAGCAAGUACAGUUGAGAGGCGUGAGGUGAAAUCAGCAUGAAGUUGAACCAGGAGCGCAGCAAUGAAUGUCUGCCUCCCAAAAAGAGGGGCACAUCAAGCACGUUACCACCUGAGAGUCGCUCUCCUGCUAUACCAGCUGUUAGCGACAGGUCAGAGAACACGGCCUGCUAUGUUAGUGCGGCAGGUGGAAAUGAAAGCAAUAUUGGUACACAUCAAAGCUUCAACAAAACUGGGCCCCAGUAUAAAUCCCCCUCCUCUUUAUCAGAUGCAUCCUCCUCCUCUUCCUCUUUGAGGCUAGUAUCAUCUCUCCCUACAGUGUACACUUCCCCCUUAUCGCAAUCCACAAUUGGAGGAACAGUCCAUUACACACAACUGCCUCCCAAUAUGCAGUUCAUUGCCUCAUCCUACAAUACUCCAUAUACAAGCUACGUUUCCCCUCAGAUACUCCCACCUCCUCCUCCACCUCUUUCCUCCUCUUCAGCCACACAGAGACCCUCAUACACAGAGACGUCACUUGCUCCAACGCUGGUCCCCAAACAGGAUCAGCUUCGAGUGUCCGCAGGACGUACCUCCAUGCCUCCCCCUUCUAUGGACCCUUUGCCCCAUCAUAUUCAAAUGUCAACGUCUCCAAGGACUGUGUCGUCACCUCAUCACCAAGGAGGCACUCACCUACUGUCCCAGUCCAUGCAUCUCCACCAAUCAUUGGGGAAAUAUACAGAUGGAUAUAGCAGAAAGGAGGAAGGUACCAGACCCAGAGAGCUUCAUAACGGGGAACUGGAGAGGGGCAGGAGGUUUGGACCCUCAGCAGAGUCUGGUCACUCGAAAUCAGGAGGUAAAUCAAGGGAAGACAGGUCCUCCUUGUCUUUCUUUGAGGCCCGUCAUGUGGUCCUGCCAUCAGACUACUCUACUCACGAUCACUUAGGGUUAAGAACCUCUGUCAUGUUAAUGCCAAACAGCCAUGGGGACCACCAGUUAGUACCACCUAGAGCCAGCCCUGAGAAACUGACAGCUUCUGCCUCCGCACACCUGGAGAAGGGCAGCAUGGGUAAGCCUGUCAGUCGCCCACCCUCCUCAUCCAACACCACCUGCUCUUUCACAUUUCCACCCCCACUAAGUGCAGACAGUCUGAAAGCAGCUGUCAGCACACUGCCGCCCCAGACUGUUAUCCAGACCACCCACAACACUUCAGAGCCACUGUCAUUAGGACUCCCUUCAACGAGCAUCUACUCACAGCAACCUCUUAUUGGUUACAUUACAGGGGGCAGUGGGAGCAGCUACCACACAAGCCUACAGCAACACUUGCUCAUUCCAGGCACCCAACCAGUCAUCAUCCCAGUUAGUGGAGGUGGGGUCCCCACGCUGGAGCCUGUAACCUCCUCCCACAUUACAUCAUCAUCCCAAGCUGCACCUUUUCCCGCUACACUCCCACACGCAUACAUUGCUGCCACUGCCCCAAAAGGAGAAACUUUGGAAACCCAAAGCAGCAUGUUCAAUGUGGCUGCUCCAGGUGCAGUGGUUCAAGCCCAGCUUCAUCUCCCCAUUGUUCCUGUUCCACCAGGGCUAGUUGCAGCUUCCACUCCUCCAACCCAUUCAAGUACAGUGGUGCCCCCCUCACUCCCGCCAUAUUUUAUCAAAGGUUCCAUAAUCCAGCUGGCAGAUGGCGAGCUGAAACGCGUGGAGGACCUGAAGACAGAGGACUUCAUCCAGAGUGCAGAUAUCAGCAGUGAGCUAAAGAUCGAUUCAUCCACAGUGGAGCGCAUUGAAGGGAGCCACACCUCACCUAACUUUGCAGUUGUUCAGUUCUCAGUUGGGGAGCAUCGUACACAGGUGAGUGUGGAGGUGUUGCUUGAGUAUCCCUUCUUUGUGUUUGGCCAAGGGUGGUCUUCAUGUUGUCCAGACCGGACCACUCAGCUUCUGGCGCUACCUUGUACAAAGCUUUCUGUGGGUGAUGUGUGUAUUUCACUUACUCUCAAGAACCUGAAGAAUGGUUCUCUGAAGAAGACACAAUCUCCGGAGCCAGGCAACGCUUCAGUCCCUCACAAUAGCCACGGGUACCUUAAACCCCCCAGAGCCAUCUCAGAAGCAUCCCAGAGCUGCAUUGUGGGAAAUUCCAGGCACAGAGAGCGCGAGAAUGGGAUCAGCCAGCAGGGGAGCGGUGAAAGUGGGAAUGGAAGUGGAGGAGACACCAGAGCGGAAAACGGAGAUCUCACAUUUUGUGAAAGAGGAUCUGUUUCCAAAGAUAAAGUUGCCGGGAACACAGACGGCGGCUCCAGUAAGCCGACAGGAAGCAGGAAGCGAAGGUGGUCUGCCCCUGAGAGUCGAAAAGUUGAAAAAUUAGAGGAGGAGCCCCCAUUGACCUUGCCCAAACCUUCCUUCAUUCCUUACGAUGUGAAAGUCAGCAUUGAGGGAAGGUCAAAUAUUGGCAAGUGAAAGGAAAGCAGGGCUGUUGAAACACUUGAGAUUACAAUUAUAAUAAACAAAAAAAGAUUCUACAGAAAAAAGGAAUUCCCCCAUUAAUGUUUCAUUUGUUUUUUUGAUUAUUAAUUUUUUUCUAUCUUGAAUACUGUACUGUAGAGGUAACUGUACCCUACGGCGUAUCACCUUACAUAUUAUCACAUGAGCAAACGGUGCCGAUUUUGGUGAUAUUUCUUGAGAUGAUGUAGGCUGAGGGAUCGGUGAAGAGUGCUGAUAUUUGUUAUUGGUGGCUCUGUGGCGCACUGCUACUCUGCUUGAUGGCUCUGCCCAGCCACCGACGCAAUACACAGUAUGUAAAUUUGAAGCUGAUGCAGGCGCUCUUGGUUUUCUUGACAAAGAUUUAAUUCCCUGGGCGCUUGUAGCAAGAAUACCUGGACAAAAAACAAUUCAGCCACUGAGAGUUGGCAAGUUAGCGGUAAAACAUCAGUUGAUUUUAAGCAUGAUGGAUUUGCAGCUAAAUCCUGAAUGUAAUUAUUAAAUUAGAUUGGUUUUGGUACAAUUCAACUCCAUUUCUGUAAAUGCAUCAGAACAAACCACGCAGAUCAUCGAGCAGAGCUAGUGCGUCACACAGUAGAGAGGGAACAACACUUACUCUGCUUACUUUAUUGCCAGCAGAGUCUUUACUUUUAUCUGUAGCAUUUUCAUCUUAAUGUUUUAAUUACUUUAACCUCUCAUCUUUUAUCUCACCAGAUAGUUGCUUUAAAUGAUUGUCAAAAAAACUAAAUCAGGGGUCAUUUAUUCCUUGAUUGAACCCUAAUUGGGUCAUUGUUGGUGUAUAAAUCUGAGAUACCCUAACCUGAUACAUACAAGUGCAAAACACACUGUGUUGGUGAGCAUCGCUUUAAGAAAAGAUGAUUGUGUACAAUCCUAAUUGUAUUUGAUGAAUUGCUUUGUAUUUUUGUCUGUCUAGAAGAGCUGCGUGAGAGGAACAAAGAGAAUUUUGCAUGUGAGCUCUGAGAGGGUGGGGAUGUUUCAAAUCGAUGUAAACACCUGUCACACUCACCCUACAGCCAACAGACCUUAGUUGUAUCUUUAUUUACACUGUACUGUAUGUUUUUAGACUUUUUUUUUUUUUGUUAUUUGGAAAAAGUAGAACGUAGCAGCAGCACUUUGGAGAGGAGAAGCGUUUGGAAAAGUGACAGGGAGCAGAUGUGCCAUGGAAUCACAAAGCAGUGGAUGAAUGUGACAGGUAUAGAUGAAUUUCUAGGUCAGACAUAGGGCGGGGGCGGGAGGUUAGUUGAUUAAAUUAAUUACAUGCAUAGUCAUUUACAAUGCCUUGAAAAAGUGUUUUUCACAUGAUGUUACAUCACAAUCACAAACUUCAAUGUUUUUUAUUGGGAUUUUAUAUGAUAUAUCAACACAAAGGAUGACAUAAUUGUGAAGUUGUAGUAAAUCAUUUCCAAUUGUUUGAACAAAUAAAAUCUGAGAAGGUGUGACAUGCAUUUGUAUUCAGCACCUCUAAGUCAAUAUUUUAGGUUGAGGCUUGUUGUCCUGCUGGAAUUUAAACCCCCAACCACAGUCUUAAAUCUUUCGCAGCCUCUGUCAGGUUUUCUUCCAGGAUAGUUGUGUAGUUCCAUCCAGCUUCUAACAAGCUCUGCCCAGUUCUCUCUCCCUGCUGAAGAAAGGCAUCCUCACAGCAUCCUGUUGCCACCACCAUGUUUAACAGUUUGUAUCGUGUGUUCAGUGUAAUGUGUGUAGCAGUUGUCAAGUAGGCCAAAAAAAGUUUUUCGUGUUAUCAUUACUAGAUCACCGUUUUUCACGUGUUUGCUGUUUGCCCUGCAUGGCUUGUAGCAAACUUUAAAGGGGACUUUGAAUGCCUUUCUUUCUACAGAGACUUCCUUCUUGCCACUAUUUCAUUCUGGCUAGAUUUUUUCAGUGAACAGAUGUAUUUUUACUGAGAGUGAAUUACACAGUAAAAUCCAAACCAUGUGUAAUUUACUAGUUAACAUCUGAAGCUUGCACUGGGUUUUAUUUUGGGUAUCGCAUAAACAGGGAGUUGAAUACAAAUGCACACCACUUCGCAAUUAUGUGCUGCUUUUUGUUGGUCUGUCACGAGUGCAUUAAGGUGUGUGGUUGCAGUGUGACAAAAUGUGAAAAAAAUGCUCUGUGGAUUCUUUUGCAAGGCGCUGUAUGUGAUAGUAGACAAGUAUUGGAAUGUGUUUUCAAAGUUUGGGCUGAGGCAUAAAAGUGAACAUAGAAGACAGUUUUUAAACAUACCAGUGAUCUUCUGUGCUAAACCGAGAGCUUAGAAACUCACACCACACAAUUUUGAAGGUCAUCAUGUAUUUGUAACGUAUGUGUGUGUAUGAUGCUGGUCUGUGUCUGUCCGUACAAACACACAGACAAAAAAAACAGUAUAGACCACCCGUGAAAUCAGUGACCUUUGAAAUGUACUGUAUUUGUCAAUACACUUGUAGAUUUCUGCAGGUGCAAGCAUAUUUGGUGCACGGUGUCCUUACUGCAAAGACACCAGUGGACUGACAUUGGACUGGUGCACACUGCUAGCAGUGCUGUCAUACUGAAAGUGCUUUGUGGUGUCUUUAGUAUGGAUGGGAAUUUAGGUGUAUGUGUGUGUGUAUGUAUGUGUGUGUGUUGUGCAUAGGAAAGAGGUAGUUAUUAGAUAUAUAUUUAGGAAAUGCUUAAUGUCCAGUGUUUCUACUUGGAGUCUUUACUUACGAGAAUCUUGCAAUUUGCACAUUAGGAGGAGGGAGUUUGGUGAAGACAUGAUUUUCAGCAGCCCUGUCCUGAAACAAACUCUAGACCACAUAUAACACACUGGAGGAAACCAGGGUUCUUUCUGAUCCACAACAGGCACUUCACACAUGUAGAGCAAAGGCUUCUGCAUCAGCUCAUUUCAUGUCAAAUUACUUUAAGUUAUUCGAACAAGAGGAGUGUUUAAAUGUGCCUGCCUACUGAAUUUGUUCAAAGAUGAAGAUUUUCUAGUGUUUCUCAAACAGACUCUUUGCCCCCAGUUGAGGCCACAGAGAUGGAGUGACUCAAACAUCUGAAAGCCAUUAUCACGAACAUGUAACGAUUACCUGUGCAAAUGUGCUUGCCUGGUGGGCUAUAUGAUGGAAGUUUAAAAUCAGUGAUGUCAAAGGUUGAACCCCCUAUACAAUGUCUCUCACAUACAAAAGUUGAUUAUUCUGAAAUGUAAAUAAUAAAAAACUAGCUGCUAAGUUUUUAAAUUUCCCUUUUGUGAAACCCCAUUCACACUGGACUAAGGCCACAAAAAAUAAGCCAGGACAUUGAUGGUCUUUGAAAGGUCUUCUUUGAUGCUUCAAGGAGGCAGUGUGAUCCCCAUUAAUGGAGCAGGAGAGUUCCCCAAAUGAUGACCUUUGUGAUGAGAUCAUGGUGAUACGUUAGCGGCAUAUCUGGGUCCUGGGUGCUCAGUGGAGAAGCCUUGUAGCACCAAUGGUAGCUAAUCCAUGGCGUAUGGCCAGAUUUUUUAAGGUAAAUUGACCUCAGUCUAAGGCUACAACCUCAUUAUGCCCACACUAGACAGGCAGUAAUCAAAAUUAUUUAUUUUGAUGCUUUAGGCACUGCAGCUUCUAUAUACAUGGCGUCACCAAGCAGCUUAAAUAAGCAAUCCACCGUCCCAAUAAAUAAAUAUAUUGCAACAACCAGGUAGGUAAGCACGGAGCUCCCUAAGGAAUAGGAUGCACACACACCUCCAAAUUGUGAAUCAACUGGUUGCUGAGAGCCCAAAGUAAGUUUUUGUAGGCUGCAGUUCAAAUGUAAAUUGUGCUAGCAAAAACUCCUCAUCCUCUCAUACUGUUGGUAAUCUCAUAAAAGACCAAAUGAUGUUGCUUCCUCCAUAGCAAGGCUGACACUGGUGGUGGAUGUGUAGAUACCUCCCGUACUUGUAUGGAAAUUCUCCAGACUGUUCGAAAGCAUUCACUGCAGAUGAGAUACCCAUGGCAGUAGCAUCAUAGGACAAUGGUCAGGAAAACACCAGGGAAAAUACUGGCAAGUACUAAGACUGCAACAGUCUCACGCUUUAAUGAGGCUUUCUAGAUUUGUUACAACCCAGUGACAUUCAAAAACAGUCAAGGAGCCACCCGGAGACCAUAAGAAUCUGAAUCUGUAAUGAAGGAAGCCUGACUACAUUUCACCAUGAGGUUAACAUAUUAGAGAUCAGUCCUUCUGCUAGCAUAUCUGUUCAGUGUACUACUUCAGCUCAGAUUUCAAAGUCCAUCUUUAAAUCAUGGCUUAUUGACAUUUAUCCCACAGGUUAUAGAUCACAACUAAUCUAAGGGCAAUGAUGUUUCAUGUGGUGAGUGUUUAUCAGGUUGAUGGCAGGAUGGAUGUGUGUUCAGAUGGGUGGAUCAGUCAAUGAAACAAGAUGGUCAAUGGGAGUUAACGAGAAGACCUCAAGUGAGAUUUGAAAAUGCUUUAUUUUUUUAUAAUAAAACAGGGUUUUCAGAUCAACAUCAA